GAGCGUACGUAUUGUAAGUGGAAGGGUGUGUGAAUAUAAAAGUUUCUGCUUUUGGAGUCAACAUCCUCUCUUUAUUCAUGAGAUAACCGUGGAAAGAAGUAGCUUACAAGCAACCUCAAAAAUAAUGGUGGCUUGUAAUAAUCCUUAAUUAUUCCAUCCAUCUCUUUUUCUCUCCAAAAAGACCACCCAAUCCCCUAACGAAACCCUACAAUUUCGGUCGCAAUGCCGGGCCUCGUGACUCCGACCGACGCUCCGCCGCUCGAAAUCACGGUUCCCUCGAGCUCAAAUCCCCAGAUCCGGCCCCAAUCCCAGCAGUCGAAUCCCCAAAACCCUAGGAAUCGAUCGUCUCCAGGUCCUAGGAAAACCCCCUCCCCUUCCACGUCAUCGACGUUCAAGAAGAGGAGCUCUCCGUCGACGCCCGCUGAGCAAGCUCUCGAGGGUGUCGCCCGGCCGCCGCCGACGGACUGAGGCGGGCUCUGGGUACAACGCCGCGAUCUCGGGCCGCUUUUGCACGCUGCGCGCGGCAAAGCAUCGGCCUCCGGCGAGAGCCCGAUCAAGGCGCUGGAUUAUGCGAUCCGAGCGUCGAAGUCGUUCGAGAGGUUCGAGGAGAUGAGCUUGGAUCUGGCGAUGAGUCUGCAUGUUACGGCGGCGAUCUAUUGUAGUUUGGGGAGGUACGAGGAGGCGGUGCCGGUUCUUGAGCGGGCGGUGGCGGUGCCGGAGGUGGAGAGAGGUCCGGAGCACGCGCUGGCGAAAUUCUCGGGGUAUAUGCAGCUUGGAGAUACGUAUUCGAUGCUUGGAAGAGUGGAUCAGAGUAUUGAGUGUUAUACUAAAGGACUUCAGAUCCAGAUGGAGUCUUUGGGGGAGAUGGACCCUAGAGUUGCUGAGACUUGCAGGUACUUGGCGGAAGCUCAUGUCCAGGCUAUGCAGUUUGAUGAGGCUGAGAAGCUAUGCAAGAAAACCCUUGAUAUUCACCGAGAGCACAGUGCUCCUGCCUCUCUUGAAGAAGCAGCAGAUCGCCGCUUAAUGGCUCUCAUUGCAGAGGCCAAAGGUGACUUUGAAUCUGCCCUUGAGCACCUUGUCCUUGCAUCUAUGGCAAUGAUUGCCAAUGGACAGGAAACUGAGGUCGCUUCCAUUGAUGUCAGCAUCGGUAACACGUACCUCUCUCUUGGCCGUUUUGAUGAGGCCAUAUUCUCUUACCAGAAAGCCCUCACUGUAUUCAAAUCUUCCAAAGGUGACAAUCACCCAUCAGUUGCCUUAGUCUUUGUUCGGCUAGCUGAACUUUAUUAUAAAACUGGCAAGCAUCGUGAAUCAAGAUCCUAUUGUGAAAAUGCCCUUAGAAUCUAUGGAAAGCCUGUUCCAGGGACAGCACCUGAGGAUAUUGCUGGUGGUUUGAUGGAGAUUUCUGGUAUAUAUGAAGCUAUGGAAGAGCCUGAAGAGGCAUUGAAGCUAUUGCAGAAAGCAUUGAAGAUGCUGGAGGAUGUGCCAGCACAGUGGAGUACGGUUGCAGGAAUUGAGGCUCAAAUGGGUGUGAUCAAUUACAUGGUUGGGAGGUAUGGGGAGUCUAGGAGUUCUUUUGAGAGUGCUGUGGCCAAACUGAGAGCUAGUGGAGAGAGAAAGUCGGCCUUCUUUGGAGUAGUGUUAAAUCAGAUGGGGUUAGCAUGUGUGCAGUUGUUUAAAAUUGAUCAAGCAGCUGAGCUAUUUGAAGAAGCAAGGGGGGUCCUCGAACAGGAAUAUGGGGCUGUCCAUCAGGACACCCUUGGUGUGUACAGCAAUCUAGCCGCGACUUAUGAUGCCAUGGGAAGGGUAGAGGAUGCGAUUGAGAUAUUGGAAUACGUCCUCAAGGUUAGGGAGGAAAAGCUCGGGACAGCAAACCCCGAUGUUGAUGAAGAGAAGAGAAGACUAGCUGAACUCCUAAAAGAAGCUGGCCGAGCCCGAAACAAGAAGGCAAAGUCGCUGGAGAACCUUAUUGUUAACACAUCACAGAGGAUGAAGGAGGUUACCAAGAGGUGGUCAGGCCUGGGAUUCAAAAAUUAAGCACACUUCUUUGUUAGCACAAAAACAGUUGUAAAUUUUCAAAUUUGAUUCUCUAAUUUGCGUGUGGCCCUUCGAGUGAAUUCUCCCUCAUUGUGAAAAUUUCUGCCUGAACAAUAUAUUACUGAGUGUUAUUGUAUCUUAUUUGUAAGGUUCCCUUAAUUUUUUUUGUAUAAUUGAAACUAUAAUUUCCGUUUCUUUUACUUUGAAA